AUGGCCCGUGCCGCCACCUGCGUUCUUUUGCUCGCCCUGGGAGCCCUGGGUGCGUCGGGCCAGGGCCAGGGCCAGCUCCCGCCGGGCGCAGACUUGGCCCCGCAGAUGCUUCGCGAACUCCAGGAGACCAACGCGGCACUGCAGGACGUGCGGGAGCUGCUGCGGCAGCAGGUCAAGGAAAUCACGUUCCUGAAGAACACGGUGAUGGAGUGUGACGCCUGCGGGAUGCAGCCGGUGCUCACCCCGGGCCUGAGCGUGCGGCCCCUGCCCCGCUGCGGCCCGGGAACCUGUUUCCCCGGCGUGGUCUGCACGGAGUCGGCCAGCGGCGCGCGCUGCGGCCCCUGCCCCGCGGGCUACACGGGCAACGGCUCCCACUGCGCAGACGUCAACGAGUGUAACGCCCACCCCUGCUUUCCCCGCGUCCGCUGCGUCAACACCAGCCCCGGCUUCCGCUGCGAGGCCUGCCCGCCUGGGUACAGCGGCGCCACGCACGAGGGCGUGGGGCUGGCUUUCGCCAAGGCCAACAAGCAGGUGUGCACGGACAUAAACGAGUGUGAGACCGGGCAGCAUAACUGCGUCCCCAAUUCCGUGUGUGUCAACACGCGGGGCUCCUUCCAGUGCGGCCCGUGCCAGCCGGGCUUCGUCGGCGACCAGGCGUCUGGCUGUCAGCGGCGUGCACAGCGCUUUUGUCCCGACGGCACGCCCAGCCCGUGCCACGAGAAAGCCGACUGCGUCCUGGAGCGCGACGGCUCCCGGUCGUGCGUCUGCGCGGUCGGCUGGGCUGGUAACGGGCUCCUCUGUGGCCGUGACACCGACCUGGACGGCUUCCCGGAUGAGAAGCUACGCUGCUCGGAGCCACAGUGCCGCAAGGACAACUGUGUCAGCGUGCCCAAUUCAGGGCAGGAGGACGUGGACCGCGACGGCAUUGGAGACGCCUGCGAUCCCGACGCCGACGGAGACGGGGUCCUCAACGAGGAGGACAACUGCCCACUGGUGCGAAACCCAGACCAGCGCAAUACGGACGGCGACAAGUGGGGCGACGCGUGCGAUAAUUGCCGGUCCCAGAAAAAUGAGGACCAGAAGGACACAGAUCUGGACGGCCGCGGCGACGCCUGCGACGAUGACGUGGAUGGCGACCGUAUCCGAAAUACAAUGGACAACUGCCCCAGAGUGCCCAACACGGACCAGAAGGACAGCGAUGGUGACGGCAUAGGAGAUGCCUGUGACAACUGCCCCCAGAAAAGCAACUCUGACCAGAGAGAUGUGGACCACGACUUUGUGGGAGACGCUUGCGACAGUGACCAAGACCAGGAUGGGGAUGGGCACCAGGACUCCCGGGACAACUGCCCCACAGUGCCCAACAGUGCCCAGCAGGACUCAGACCACGAUGGCCAGGGAGACGCCUGUGAUGACGAUGACGACAAUGAUGGGGUGCCCGACAGUCGGGACAACUGCCGAGUGGUGCCCAAUCCAGGCCAGGAGGAUGCGGACGGGGACGGCGUAGGGGAUGCAUGCCAGGGUGACUUUGAUGCCGAUAAGGUGGUGGACAAGAUCGACGUGUGCCCUGAGAACGCCGAGGUCACCCUCACCGACUUCAGGGCUUUCCAGACAGUGGUGCUGGACCCUGAGGGUGAUGCACAGAUCGACCCCAACUGGGUGGUGCUGAACCAGGGCAUGGAGAUUGUGCAGACCAUGAACAGUGACCCUGGACUGGCAGUAGGUUACACGGCCUUCAACGGCGUGGACUUUGAGGGCACAUUCCACGUCAACACCAUCACAGACGAUGACUAUGCCGGCUUCAUCUUCGGCUACCAAGACAGCUCCAGUUUCUACGUGGUUAUGUGGAAGCAGAUGGAGCAGACGUACUGGCAGGCGAACCCCUUCCGUGCCGUGGCCGAGCCAGGCAUCCAGCUCAAGGCCGUGAAGUCGUCCACGGGCCCCGGGGAGCAGCUGCGGAAUGCGCUGUGGCACACGGGGGACACAGCGGCGCAGGUGCGGCUGCUGUGGAAGGACCCUCGCAACGUGGGCUGGAAGGACAAGACGUCCUACCGCUGGUUCCUGCAGCACAGGCCCCAAGUGGGCUACAUCAGGGUGCGAUUCUACGAGGGUCCAGAGUUGGUGGCCGACAGCAAUGUGAUACUGGAUACCACUAUGCGGGGCGGCCGGCUGGGGGUCUUCUGCUUCUCCCAAGAGAACAUCAUUUGGGCCAACUUGCGCUAUCGCUGCAACGACACUAUCCCCGAAGACUAUGAGGCCCAGCGGCGGCGAGCCUAGAGACUGCGUUUGGGGACUCUCCAUGGGAAGAGCUGCGGACUGCCCCUCAGUCUGGAGAAGGGAGGGGGGCUGUGAGAGGGCGAAAUAAAGCGGUGUGUGUGUG